AUGCAGUGGGAAACUGCACAAAAUGAAUCCUUCACAAAAAGGGAAGUGCGACAAGUUCACACAAUAAGUGAAACUUCACAUAACUCUUGGAGUGAGCGGCAGUCCAUUGACACAACCAACAGAUACAGGCAGUUUGUGAAUGGUGCUAUUACAAACGGAACUGAUCCAUCACAAGAGACGUCUUACAGUAAAAGAAAAAUUUACAUGGUGAAUGGAGACACAACUUCUGAAGGAAGGGAAGAUAGAUUUCCAUAUAAAAAACAUGAGUCAGAUGUCAGUGAGACAGGGUCUCUACAGCGCACAUACAGUAGUGGGAGUGGUACAGGGAGAAAACUUAGUGGCAGCUCAGUUGGGUCCACAAGUAGUGGAACAAAGAUAUCCAGCGUAACUAUGCCAAUAAGAUCUGCAUCAUUUGCCACGCGAAGAGUUUCCAGCAGUUCAGAAAAGCCAGGUAAUUACAACAUAGUAUUUGAGAUAAUUGUUGAUUACUCACUUGAUUUGAUUUAAAACUUUCUUUAUUUAAUUUCAACUUGUUGAAUUCCAUUUCCUGUGGCUUAACAGUUUUCAUUCAUUUGUGUAAAUUUAUCUCUGCCAUCCUGGUUUAUUUGAUAGUUCAAGCAAGUACUUCGUCCAGUACAGAAGCUGCACCAACAAAACCAGUGACUCUACCCCGCACAUCUUCCCUGGUGAAACAACGUACGCCUUCAGAUCCAAAGUCAGGCCUUCCUGAAGUGAAUGGUAAGGUCAUGUAUGUGCAUAUGUGAGCAUAAUGAAAAUAUGAGGGCAUGCUUGAUAUUAGGCUUUUUCCUCAAAGAACUGUUUCAAAAGGGAAUUUCUCCUCACCAAUCAAUGUGAUGAUUUCAUGCAGUGAUGAUGUAAAUGAAGGUUCUAGCUUUCUUAAAAUUAAAUCACCAAACUAGAAUUUAUUAUUUUUUAUUUAAAUUAUCAUUGCAAAAAAGCAUCACUUAUCAACAUCUGUUUACUAUCUGUAUACUAGAAGUUUUUCUCCAUGGACUUAGAAAUUCUGUCUUGGUCACUCAUGGGAACAAAAGGGUUAAAUGGUGUAGCCAACCAUGAGUCUCCUAUAGCUCAGUGAUAGGGCAGGCAAAGUGCUAAUCGACUAAUCCACUCCUAUUGGGAGCAGUAAGAUUUAUCUGUUCCAAGUAUGCCAGAAUAAAAUUUAAUCAUCCCUCAAUUAGAUCUUAGGGCUUAAAAUUUACCAUCUUCAUUUACAUCAGCUGAAAACUUGGCCAAUAAAAUUGAUAUACACUGUAAAUGUUCAUUAUUGGAAAUCCUAUUUAUUAAUUACACAUUAUCUUCCCAGUGAAAUACAACAUCAAAAUGAAACUUGGUGAAGUCAAAGGUAAUGGUGUGGAUGGAAAUGUCUACAUCCAGCUGUUUGGAUCCAAGGGAAACACAGCAAAAAUACAGUUACGUCAAGCAGGAGACGAGAAGAACCGGUUUGAAACUGAUCAGGAAUAUAAGUUUAUGGUUACCACCAUGGACAUUGGAAAGGUAAUUGUAUGCAAAAAUGGGUGGUACUAACAGUAUAAGUGGUUAUGUCGAUUACUCGAUAAAUCAAAAGUAAAUGGAUUGUUUUUUCAUUACAAAGAGAUUGAGUAUUAAAAGUAAAAAAUCAUUUUGUUAAUCCCAAAGUUGUGUCAGAAUGUACUACAGAACAAUCUACAUGCACAAAGAGAUGCUUUUGUAUAUAAAUGAUGACAGCUCAUCCAUUUAUUUCAGCUCAUUUAUUUUGAAGCCAUUGCUGUUUUUUUCAGGUGGCCUCUGCCUUCUUCUCCGAGGACUUAUCAAAAUUUAGUUUCUCCUUGCACUAUCAACACAUAUGAACAUAAUGAGAAGAAACAAAAAAUAUCAGUGUACAGGAGUUUCAUAACUACCUGGAUUGUCAGUCUAUUAGGCUAUAGCUGUAUCUGUAUGACCUCUUACUGGUGCUUGUUUAGCCUGUGUGCAGGCUCUUGUAUUUGGUUUUGCUUUAUGGCCCCCUCUUCCAGGUCAGCAGCUGCUUAAAAAAAAACAUCAAAAAAUAGGGACAUGAUUUGUCUAUUGUAGGGGGUGGCCUUUGGGUAAGAUUCCACCUCACAGAAGGAAAAGAUUUUAAGGUAUGUGUAAGACAAAAAAGAAAUAAAACGGAAUACCACAAAUACUUGGUGUAUUUUCUGUACUUCACCCUCGCAGGUCGAGAGAAUAAAACUCAGCCAUGAUCACAUGGAAUAUGGAACAGGGCUUCAUGUGAAAGAAGUCGAAGUUGAUGUUCCUUCCUACGGCAGCCAUUACACCUUCCCUUGCAACUGUUGGCUGGCACAAGAUAAGCUCUCAGAGAUGACAAUCAAAGACUUGAAUUCAACUCCUACACCAAGUAAGUCCAGGCAUUAAUCGUAUGAAAUAAAUUCUUUUACUUUGAAUUUGUUUGUUAAGAAAUCAGUAAGGAUCCUCAGAUCUAAUUGUGUGUCAGUGUCUUUGUUUGAUAUCUUAUUACAGCUUAAAAAGAACCCUGCAGGGGUGAGCUAUGUAUAAUUGUACAUUUAGUAAAUGGCAAUCUUCUUAGAUGUCUCUUUCAGUGUAAUUUUUCAAUCCAAAACCUGUUUAAUGUAAUUGUCUUAAUGCACUUCGAUACAAUGCAGUGCAGACUUCUGCACUACGAUAUGUUUGUCAGACACAUCUGUGUUUGUUAACAGACCAGUCUAAAAAUGCGUUAGAUGAAGUGUAUGCACUAUUGUCAUUUGUUGCCAUAACUUUGUUGCCAUAACAAACUAGAGGCCUAAGUUACAGACCAAGUUUUUUUUCUGUUCCAAUUUUUGCCUCAAUGACAAACUUGCAGGCCAUAAAUCUGAGCAGAAAAAACAAGGUUCCCUAACUUACAGCAUGGACUGACAAAUUAGAUUAGCAAGAUACAGACAUCUUUGGGUUCAAAUAGAGGAAGAAGAUUUUAAUUCAAACAAACUUUUGAAUAUAGCAGCCAUACAUUGAAAUAGAGCCUGCAAAAUUGACCAAUUAUAAGGCACAUACUGAUAUGAAUGAUAAAUGAUCUCGUUCAACAGUAGAUCGGAGCAGUUAUGUUAAUUGGACACUAUAAUGUGUUGCAUUACAGACAAAGGUUACACAGUCUCAGUUCAUUUGGGUAAAGUUCUGGAUCCAUACACCAAGUUGUACUUGCAACUGUGCGGGGAGAAGGAGGAGAGCACCAAAAUUGUGCUUCGCCCAUCAGGAACUGCAACAGAUACAUUUCAAGAAGGAAAGACCUACAAAUUCUCAGUUGAGAUGCCAUAUAUUGGAAAGGUAUUGUAGCUUUACAAUAAUCAUAUGACUGUCUUUUAUUUCACUUUAUGAUAUAACAUUUACAUGUAAGAUAUAAAGUGAACACUCUCUGAGAACUAAUUUUUAGUAAAAUAAUUAUGUGUAGCAAUAGAUAUUUCAAGUUGUUACAUUGGUUUUAUUAAUACACAAACAAACUAGCCAGUGUGAAUUUUGUGGAGUCUUACGUGAAAUUGAGUGUAUAUUUUAACACUUUACAAUCUAGCUUCAGUAUCUAUCAUUAUUCUCCAUACCCCUCUCUAAACAUUUCCUUUAGUGGGGAAGGGAAAGUUGUUUUAUUAACAAUUUAAGAUUCUUAGGUUGGCAAUCAUUUCCUGUAUUCUCAUGGUAUUAAUGAGUUAUUCAACAGUAUUACUGUAAGGAGAAAUUACAUGCUGAUCACUCUUUGGGUUUAAAAGGUUAAAAAGGGUACAAUGUGAGCUAAGAUACUAUCAAUGAUUUUGUGUGUUUUACGCUAUAGGUGGAGAGAAUCCGUGUUGGUCAUGAUACCUAUGGAAGUGGAAAGGGUAUUUUUGUAGAUGAUAUUGAAGUUGCACCAGACGAUGAAGAGGCUCUGUAUUUUCCUUGUUCUUGUUGGUUGGCAGAAGACAUUGGAGAUGGAAAAUUAGAACGAGAGAUCUAUCCAGGAACGAGGACCCCUCAGACAUCAGGUAGACACCAAUGCUGUACAUGUACAAAAUGCUCUGUGCUGCACCUAAGUGUAAUUUUUUAUUUCAGUUUGCAGGUUUUCAAUAUAGUUUCGCUUUUGAUUUUCUUUGGGACAGAAUAUGGUUAUACAAUUGCAGAUCUGAGACAAACAAAAAUCAAACUGAAACUAGUUUGAAUUUGGUUUUUGUUUUUCAGAGUCAGACAUUACCCACACAGUGUCUGUGCACCUUGGAGAAGUACUGAACCCUGAAGCCACAUUAUACAUCUAUUUGAUUGGUCGUAGAGGGGAAACUAGCAAAGUUUUCUUGAGGCCAGAAGAACCGUUACAAAGAGAGAAGACGUAUAAAUUCACGCUUGCUCUUACUGUUGAUAUUGGAGGGGUACGUAGGCACAUAAUGAACAAUACCCAUUUAAGAUUGAGUAGCUUGAGGUAGUUUAAAUUUAUGACACAUGCAGCUUAGUAUCAGCUCUUUUAGGAACAUAACCAUGCCUUUUAAAAUUGCGAUUUUGGUUCAUGAUGCCACGUUAUUAUUAUUGAGUGAACAUUCUUCAAUCUCAAAUUAGGAGCGUGAACUUUUGAACUCUCUGAAGAGCACAUGUUCUCCGAGAGAUCCACAACGCAACUGAAAGCAGCUUGAAACGCGUUUUCAAUGAUACAUGUUUGUCAAAAGCAUUGUUAGUACAUGUACCAAAUGGACGCCCUCUUUUUGAGUAGAAAAAUUUUGUGAAACUUUGAUUUUAUUUUAUCUAAAAUGAGUAAGAAAGGGUUAGACCUUGAAUAAUAACUUAAAAACUUAAACGUUUUCUUACAAACUAUACCUGGUCCUCUGGCUUUGCUUUAGUAUUUUACUUUAAUUGUUGCCUAUCUGAACUAAAUCAGUAAAGUAGUGAGAAAGUUUUCCUCGUGUUUGGUAUUCUAGAUUGAGAAGAUUCGCCUUGGACAGGACAGCCGAGGGUAUGGCAAAGGACUGUUUGUGGAAAGUGUCAAAGUGGUUCCAACAGAAAGUGACCCUCCAGUAAUGUUCCCAUGUGCAUGUUGGCUGGCUGAAGAUGUGUGGGACAGUAAAACUGAGAGAGAGCUGCUUCCUGGAAAAGCUGUUAAGAGACCUGAAAGUAAGUUUUGGUGGAUGGGCUGAAUUUAGAAGGCAAGGGCGUUGGGAGGGAGGGGUAGUGUAGAGAAUGCAUAAGAAAUGCUUUAAAUUAAUUUUGGGAAAUUAAAGGAAUGAUCGUAGAGGCAAGAUAUUGUAUUAAAUUGGGGAAUAUCGGGGGUGAGGAGUGGGGAGGGCGUAUCUUCAUUAUAGCAUAGUGGGUAUGAGUACCCCAGGAGGGGUGGGGAGGGCGUCUCUUUAGUAUAGCAUAGUUGGCAUGGGUACCCCCGGAGGGGUGGAGAGGGCGUGUCUUCAUUAUGGCAUGGAUGGCAUGGGUACCCGCGGAAGGGUUGGAAGGGCGUCUCUUCGCUUUAGCAUAGUGGGGAUGAGUAAGUAUUGUUGACUCUUAUGUGUGGGAAUAUUUUUUGUUCCAGAUGUUGCUUACAACUUAACAUUUAAGACAGGCGACAUGCCGUAUGCGGGCACUGAUGCUAAUGUGACACUGCAGCUGUUUGGAGACAAAGGUCAAACAGAAAAGAUCAUGUUACGGCAAGAAUCUGGAAAAACACUGAAGAGAUUUGAUCGAGGACGAACGGACAGAUUCACUGUGCAGACGAUGGACGUUGGCAAAGUGAGUGAAUCUAGGUUUACUUAUUUUUUUCAGGUUCCAUUUCUCUUUAUCUGAUUUAUGACCACAAUCUCGUUUAGGUUGAAAGGAUUCGCCUCAGUCAUGAUAACACUGGUCCUAAUCCAGAGUGGUAUUUAGAAUACCUGAAGAUCGAUAUAUCCACCAGGGACGAAAAGUACAUGUUUCCAUGCAACCGCUGGCUGACUGGUGACGAGGACAGACGAGUUGAAGUUGAAGUUUACCCUGGUAAGAGAGAAAACAAAAUUUGACUUUACUAGACAAAGAAAACGAGUCUCACGCAUUUGUACUACACAGUAGUACUAACAAUUCGUGAAAACUCUUCUCAGAAAUGAAGAAACGAAGUAAAAAAUUUCACUAAGGUCUUAAUUUAUGACGCCUUUUUUUCAGGAAUAGUUGUUUCAUUAUAUGCCAAAACGGUAAGAAAAUAUAGCACAAAAAGAUGAUUUUAACUCAAUUGUUCUUGUAACGAUUACAAUAUUUUUGGGCACAAAUCCUGCGCGAGUCGCUCAGAGAUUAAUAGCAAAGGAUAUUCGGAGUUUGAGUAGCCAAUCAGAGUGCGCCUUCGACGCUAUCCUUUGUUUUAGUUUAUACUAAAAUUGAAUACCAUUGAAUUUUGAGGAAAAACUAGAAAAUCAUGGAUUGGUAACCUUCGUUGGAACAGGACCUCUCUCAGGAAGAGUGAGGUCAAUUUUUCUUCACGAACAAAAAAUGCCAAAAAAGGGAAACGAAGGAAGAGAAAUAACACCAAAGAACACUCCAAGAAUUAAUAAUUGUAGAUAUAUGAAAAUCAUAGAUGUGCACUGCGGUGAAGAAACAAAUAUAAGAGAUCCUCGCAGCUAAGAACACUACUGAACUAGUAGUUGAAAUAAGACUGUCUUAUUUCAACUACUGGUUCAGUAGUGUUUAUAGUUGCGAGGAUCUCUUAAAUUCACUCCAAGAAUUAGUAAACUGGUCGUAGGUAAGUUUAGCGGUAUAUGAAACAUGCUACUUUAUCGUUUUCUCGCAGUUGACGAGAACGCCGUUAAGGAAGAGAGCAUUACUGUUGAAGAGGCUACACAAGAGUCUGCUGCUGGUAGGCGCCUUUGAUUUUUUUUAAUGUUACGUUUUGUGCAGUGUGAACAUAUUUAGAAUAAGCUAAACUCGAUUACUCAAGCAAUAACUUCUUGCAAAUUUCGUCGCCUUGCAUAAUCGUGGGUCUCCCCUUAUGAUGUUUUUCCCGUGUUUCUCUGGUUUUCCCUCACCACGCAGGAACCAAAAUUGAUCAAAGUUUCAUUGUUGACACUUGAAGUUAAGGUAUUGUUCCAGUUUUGCCCUUUGAGUGGAUUUCAUUGUACGGAUGGGUCCGGUUUCGGUGGAUGUAAACAACGUGUAGCCACUGAUUUCCAUUUCUUUUUUUACUUUAUUCUUAGCGCCUGAGAUGGCGGAAUAUCAAGGUAAGGGCACAUCGUAGCGUACAGAAACUACAUUCGGUCAAUAUUGGUUAGGACUGACAUACCACACCUGUUAUUUAAAAAUGAAUGGAUUGUUGUUGUUUAAAAUUCUCUUUACUAAAUUUUGAAUGGAAUUGUCUUCGCCAGCCAGUUCUGACGUGCCUAUUAUUCGGGAAUUAUUUUAAUCUCAUUCACUGUUCCCUAUUUGUGGUGUGAUUAUUCACUUUUAAGAACGUGGUAACUCGAUGAAAUCCGGAGAAAGUACACCCAUGAUUUUUACAAGCAGUCGUGAAUGCACAUGUCAACGUUAAUUGUUUUUACGAUUCGAUUAACAGUUUCGUUCAGACUCGGCGAAGUCCUGGACCCUUACACCAAGCUGUUCAUGGUCAUUCACGGAGACAGGGGAGACUCAGAGAAGAUUUAUCUGACACCAGAAGGAGGAAGACUGGAGCCGGGAAAGUUGUACACUGUUACUGUUACCACCACCGACGUAGGAAAGGUAAGUUACUUGUAACUACAUGUAAUAAGGGACGUAGGGGGUGGGGGUGGGGUAGAGUUAUUUGUAUAUGUAUACUGGACAUUUGUCAAAAGAUCUUUUGGAACUGCAAUCGGUAAGAAGCGUUUUUCUCGAAAAAAAAAAAAAAAAAGGAAUAAAGUUGGAUUCGCAACAGAUUCGUGCCAUUUCCUCGCCAAAUUGUUUCCCUACGAACCAAUUUUUAUUUGCAUCUUGGUACGUUGUUUACUUUUUCGGUUAUUGUAAAUUACUUCGUUCGUAACGUGUUAGAAUGAUGUUUCCACUUUCUCUUCUCCCCCUUUUUUUAAUACAUCUUUUGUCGUCUUGGUUAGCCUUUGACUGGCAUUUUCCAAUGAUACCAAACUUUUCUGGAAAACAAAAAUAAGCAGAAGAGAACUUUAUAUUGAAUAACGGCAAGUAUUGAUAAGUAGUAGCACCUCAUGUGUGUGUGCCUUCCAAAUACAGGUCCGUAACAUCAGCAUGGGUUGCGAUGGUGCGUCCCCCAACCAGGGUGUGUUUGUAGAAGAGGUAGAGGUCACAGCGCCCAGUGGUUCUCCAGUGGUGUUCCCUUCUCGUUGCUGGUUAGCUGAAGAUGAAGAUGACGGGCAGACUACUCGGGUAUUAGUGCCCGGACAGUCUUUGACUUCACAGUAUGAAAGUAAGGAAAAUUUCCGUUAGAUUCUAUAGUUUGAUGUUUAUUUUUGUUUUCAUAUUUUAAAGACAUAAAAAAGUGCCAUGAUCGGUCGCAUUCUCCAAGCGUAUAGAUGGGAUUUUUUAAAAAUCUUUUCAAUUCUUCCUAUUUUCUUUUGUAAGAUACACGACAUCUUUGUUACGUAAUCUUUUUUGUUGCUUCCGUCAAGCUCAUAUAGACCAGGGGACAUUCGUGUAUCAGAAAUUGUUCUCAAGCCCUAGUUGUUUAUACUUUAUUUAUAUUAAAAACUUCGUAUUUCGUGACCUGGUAAGCUUUUUCUGACGAUGUUACUCUGUAUGUCACAAAAUCUCUUUCUGCUAUUUUGGUCUUAUAGAAAUAUAACACAUGAUUGCUCUAGAAGUAGCUUAUAUGUACGUUUCGUUUCCUUUUACAAAUGCACUCAUUGCAAAACUUGUGUUAAACGCGCGAGAACCAACAUGCUGAACGUAGAAUCGCCAAUUGUUUUGUCACAUAAUUCCAACGCUACGGUACGUCACGUAACUCCUUUGCUUUUUUCGUUACAGUCGGGUUUCGUCUUGGAGAAGUCCUGGACCCCAACACCAAGCUGUAUAUGGUACUUUAUGGUGACAGAGGCGAGUCCGGGAAAAUUUAUCUUUUGCCUGAUGGAUCCAAGUUUGAACCUGACAAGUUCUACAAAGUAUCUGUUAACAUUAAAGAUAUCGGCAAUGUAAGUCAUUAAUAUUCUCGUCUCUUAUUUUUAAACAGCUUCCAAGUGCAAUACGUGAAAUAAUUUAACUUUUGGUUUAGAAACUUUUUUUUCUUUGAUUUCAACCUAUUGUUAUGUACUGUAUUAAACAAUUGGUCACGCCCUUUCAUUGCUAAGGUCUUUGAAGUAACCUUCUUUGCUCUCUAUGAUACGUUUCUCGUGUUCGUAUAUUCGUGUGUUGCAUGAAGAUUUAAAAGUUUAGUAUUGAAUCAAAUAAUAAUCUCCUUGUUGAUAAUUAUCUUCAGUGUAUUUUAACACUUGUCUGCUGGAUACUGUAGUGAUAUAGUGAUAUUCUGAAGAGAAAUUACUUGCCUCACGUGGCAGUGAAAAGGUUAAACUGAAGCAUAGCGCAUUUUGUAAUGAUGAAAUAGAAAUCGAAAAACCUAUUACCGCUGCAGAUGCAAAACAGUGGACGAAAAAAAGUAUGUUUGCCACCUAUAUACAAUGAUCGCUUCUUUCGCCUCAGGUGCAAAAAGUCCACAUUGGUCACGAUAGCAAGGGUCGUAAUAAAGGACUUUUCGUGGAGGAAAUCGAAGUCACAGCUCCUGAUGCUCCCAAAGUAAUUUUCCCUUGUCGCUGCUGGCUCGCUGAAAACGAAGAUGAUGGUAAAACAGCGCGUGUGAUAGAGCCUGGUGAAUCACUAACACAACCUUACGACAGUAAGUAGAUGUGAGCCAGUCAUGACAAAUUCAAUGAGCCUCGUACCUUCUGAAAUAUUGUUUCCCAGAUGAAACGUUUGGCUAAAUUGGACAUGGCUGAGAACAAAGUUUUGCUAGACAUUUGGAAAACUUCGUUUCCGAAUCCGGCCCUAUAUGUCACCAAAUCACAGCGCAAAACCAAGGGUAUGGCUGGAAAGACGAAUAGGGCCUUUUACAUAAUUUUGCAACCUCCAGAUAAGUCUAGGUCUAAAAUGAACUUUCAACCGCGCUUCAAUUAGUACAAGAACAACAUUAAGGCGUUUUUCAAUAUAGAGUUGUAAAUCAAAGCCAAAGAUAUAACAAUGGCCUUCCAAAACAAAGGUGUAAGUGAAAAUGUACCAAAGAACAUUCGCUGUAAAUGAUAUGUAAAACUGUAAGUUGAAGUGCGGGAAAAUGGAGGCAACUGAUUGGUUGGCAAUGUGGCGCGAAUUUUUAAAACAUAUAACAGAGUGUUGAAGGAAACCUAUGCGGUCGCGGAUUACUCUCGACACGACUGAAAAUGGUCUAAUUCUUACUGCAUGCCUGUUUUGAUUUUUCAACAGUUGCCUUCCGUCUUGGGGAGGUGAUGGAUCCUCGAGCUAAGUUGUACAUGAUUCUUCAUGGAAAAAAAGGCGAUUCUGGAAAAAUUUACUUAGCACCAUCUGACGGCAAAAAGUUCGAACCAGGAAGGCUGUACACUGUGUCUGCAAAUAUUAGAGAUAUCGGACCGGUUAGUUACCAAACUUGUUUGUUAACCUUAAGUAGCAAGGCAAAAGGUGUGGUUAUUGCAUGUUGCAUGAUGUGAUUUUAUGCGUAUAUGGCGUGGUUAGAUUUUGCAAUUAGUAUGAUUCAGCUGUGAUUGUGCUUCAUAUUUUUUCAUCCCAUGGGUAAAAUCCCACGAAAAGUUUGAUGUUUGCAAUAGGAAAAUAGACUUAAUCCUUGAAUUUGGGCAUUGCCCUUCGUCAACCUUAUCAGGAAUCUGUCUUCUCAUUUUCCUUAUGACUUAACUAUUAUUGGUGAAUACAAAGUUAUCUGGAGUGUGUGAAGUGAAGUUUAUAAAACUUUUUUGUGUUUUUAGAUCGAGAAAAUCAGUCUUGGAAAUGAAAGUCGUGGACCGGGCCAUGGUGUUUUCGUGGAGGAAGUCGAAGUCGCAGCGCCAAACGAGGAACCUGUCAUUUUCCCGAGCCGCUGUUGGUUGGCAGAAGACGAGGGAGACGGAUUGGCUGUUCGAGUUCUGAAACCUGGAGAAACUAUGCAACCCACAUACGACAGUAAGUUUAAAUUGAGUAAGCGCAGGAAAAUAUGUACACCGUGGGAAAUAGAGCCUGGAAGAGAUUUUACCUGUGGAAGGCGCGGGAAAUGUUGUACCGGGCGGAAAGUGCGGAAAAAGCGAUGGCAUCGGUUAAAAGCGUCAGGGAAGAUGCGCCUAUAAGACUUGAACGUGAACACCUGCCAACAACAAGGAAUUUGUCAAUACGAGCCUCGAUCCUCGAAGUUUUCGAGAAUCGAUGAUCGAGUUUGAGGUACUGUAGUAGUGGUUAUGGAAAUGGGUCAGAUUUUUAGAGUGUACUCUUCAGGUCAACUGAAUUGCAUGUGUUCACGUUUAGUCAGAUCUUAGAGCGAAAGUAAAGAAGGCAACUUCUGCAGGAUUGUGUUCUUCUCACCUGCCAUAGAGUUUGGCUCUCAAGUAAACUUUUUGUCUCUUGUUUUGUAGUUCUGUUCCGUCUGGGAGAAGUGCGAGACCCUUGGGCUAAGCUGUAUAUGAUCCUGUACGGAGAUAGAGGCGAGUCAGGCAAGAUAUACCUCACACCUUCUGAUGGGACAAGAUUUGAGGCUGGAAAGCAGUACAGAGUAUCAGUGAAUAUCAAGGACAUUGGAAAGGUAUCAUGGUUUUUUUCUUUUUGUUUCUUUUUUUUUGUUUUUUUGUUUUUUUUUUUUUCAUUUUCAGAACUCUGGCAAAAUCCUCAAUUGUUUUCUUUUGCAGAAACUUUUUUUAAUGUAACAAGUUGCAGGGCGUAUUGUUAAUUCUCUUCAGUUUGACUCUUGCACCUUUUGCACUCAGUUCAACGCCAUACACAAUCUUAGGACCUUAUCAAUUCAAUUCGAUUUCAUUUAAAAUAAAUUACUGCUUACAUUUUUAGAUCAACAAAGUGUUUCUUGGUAGUGAUGCCCAUGGAAGUGGACGGGGAAUUUACGUUGAGGAAAUCGAAGUACAAUCCUCUGGUGAGGAUCCUGUGAUCUUUCCUUGUCGCUGUUGGCUCGAUGAAGGUGAAGGAGACGGCAAAACAGCCAGAGUCUUAAUUCCAGGGGAGACAAUUCAUCCGCAGCUAGACAGUAAGUAAAGAUAUGAAUUUCACUGUAUGUGCAGAGCAAACAAAAUAACAGAAGUGAUCUUGUCAGCCACUACUGCUGACAAUCACAGAAGUGAUUGUUACACUGUUAUUUCUGUUAUCAGAUCCAUUUAGACAAAUUCCAGUAAUCGAACCAACGAAAUCAAGCAAUUGUUAACUAAGGUCUCUUAAGCAAAUUAACCAAUCACGUGAAAGAAAACGUGUGCCAAGGACCAAAGAAAGCAAAGAUGGCAAAGGAGGAGAGGGGAAGGAAAGAAGGAAUUAAUUCCUGGUUUCUCUUAUGGGAUUGGGCAGUUUUUUCUUUUUAUGACUCUGCUUAUAGUAGUCGCCUCGUAUGAACAGUGACUUGUUUUUUCAGUUUCAUUUUUAUGUGGAUCAGUUCCGUUCAUUCCAAGUUGUUUUUCGCUGGUCUUCUUGUAUUUUUAUUUUUGGCCCUAAUUAAAGAGCUUUAGAACUCAAGGAUGAUUUUUUAUUUAAUUUUGUGUGGCCCUGACCUAGCAUCAGUGAUCGGGAGACCUUUAUUUAGGGUUAUUACGAAGGUGUUGUGUAACCAACACUUAAUGUCACCAACGCGUUGUCAAGCACCCACUGCGGUGAAGAUAAUAAUAACUUCUGGCACUAUCUCCGUCAGGUACUCUGUACAACAUGACGUUCGAGACAGAGGACGUUCCCUUCGCUGGCACGGAUGCUACUGUUUAUGUACAGCUGUUUGGAGAAAAAGGACAGACAGAAAAGAUUGAGUUUCGAAGUGAAGACAAAAAGGAGGCGCCAAAGUUUAAACGCGGAAGAAUCGACAAGUUUGCUGUGGAAACUGCUGAUGUGGGAAAGGUGAAUAGACUGGAUUGGUUGUUAAACAAUCCAAGGUCGAGCUCUGGGUAUGGCGGUUGUGCGUGUGUGUGUUUUACUUUUUUUCUAGUGAAUGAAACUCUCACAUACGGGCAAACUGUGUGACAACUUUACCGAAGAAUAGUCUGGGACUCCACCCACAAUGGAAGGAGAGAUAUGUAAUUGGAAUCCAACUGAUACUGGGACGAGUUUGCAUUUAUCUUCGUGAUCUGAAUUCAAGGAAAAUAUAAGUCAAUCCUCUACUUGUAGUUAAGUAGAAGAAUCGAAAAACAAGACGAAAACGUUAGUAUUGUGUAUGAUAUAUCUUUAGAAUAAAUAGCGAUCAGAAGUAUAACUGGCUGUCAGUGUAAAAGGCAGCGAAAACCUUAGACAGACGCAGAGUUGAUAAUAUGAACUUUGUUUAAUCAGACUCGUGUAAAAUGACUGCUCUGAUUCGUGUCACGUGAUCCACCGAGGUGGGAACAAUGUAUAUCUCCUGUAUGCUCACGUGCUACUGUCAGAAAGGUGUAAUUUAUAAUCCCAGGGAAUAAACGACAGGUUUUUUUUUUCAGUUGCCUUUGAAUAGUUUCUCUUUCUCAGCGCGUUAGGAAAACAGAUAGCACUCUUUCAACUGACGAUAACGUGUUUGAUUUCAGCUGACGAAACUUCGUGUUGGCCACGACAACACUGGCCGUAACCCGGAAUGGUAUCUAAAGAAACUCUCUAUUGAAAUCCCAUCACGAGACGAGACUUAUGUGUUCGAGUACAACAACUGGAUUGCAGGAGAGGAAGUCAACUUGGAUCCAAGUAUGUUCAAAAUGCUUCUUUAGUCAGGAUAUGCCAGUCACCUGGUUGAUUCCAAUUCUGACCUCACUUUAAUGAAGAGCAUAUUUUUAGAACAUUUAGGUCCAUCAUGAACGGUUUAAAAACUAUGUAGAAUAUUUGUUCUAUACUUUAUAGUUUACUCCAUUGAAUUCGUGUCCUGAUUUCAUCAAUUUGCAAGUUGUAUUAAUUUUGAAUUUUUAUAAAUGAAUUGUUUUUUUGCGUGUUAAUGAUGUAGUCUCUCUAAUGUUAUAGAAAUUGUUGUUUAAUGAUACUCCAUUCUUUUUUUUUUCCAGUCGAUGAAAAAACAAGGACUGAGCUAUAUACCAGUAAGUUUCAGGGGUACUGGAUUCUGAACAUACGCCAAUGUUAUUUCAGCUAUACCGCAAGGAGUGAUUAUAACCCAGAAACAAAGAAAGACUUUACAUAUUACUAAAACCAUCAGUGUAAGAUUUAUCAAUAGGUCACUUCUCUCAAGUUGUUCUUUCGUUAUAUCCAGGAGCAAAGAGAUAUGGACAUUAACGAAUGUUUAAGCAACAGAGGUGUGCGUGAAUUUGUGUUAAGUGCAUAGUUUUACCCAAUCUAAACAGUGUCCUAUCCUUUUCAAUCAUCUCCGUCUCACUUAUCCUAUCAGUCGUCUUUUUGGCCUACCUUUGACUGAAAUUUGAAUGUAAUUUUAUAAAUCGUAAAAUCAUCUUCAGAAUCAUUUUCUUGUGAACUUUAGGUAUAAUUUAUGUAUCAGAAUUCGAUCAGGUUCUUAUAAAGUAGGAAUGGGGAGGUUUUAUUUAGUAGACAUACUAAUUUGCGCCCUCUGCAGUUCAUCUUAAGCUGGGCGAAGUUGCCGACCCCUAUGCUCCAGUGUGGAUCCAGCUUGUUGGUGAGAGGGGAGAAAGUGGACAGAUUCAAAUCAAGCCUGGUUAUGGUCCUAAUGACAAGUUCGAGAAAGGCCGCAUUUACAAGGUGGUGGCAAGAGUUGCAGACAUCGGACGGGUGAGUUCGGGGUUGGAAAUCCCAGGGCAAUUAAAUUUCCCAAGAAAGUAUUUUGUGAAAAUGAGUUUGGGAAUGCCCCCUAUCGUUUUGAGAGGUGUAGAGUGGAAGGUGCAAUUGUGGAUUGAAUCCCAAUGUUUGACCAUUCAAAUGAGACUUGUCGACAUAGGCUUUGAAAUUUUCCAUUUGUCUUGUGCCUGCGCUUUUAAGAUUUUUUUUCCACCUUUUUAAUCGAAGUGUGUCACCAUUCAGGGAAACGCUGUGAGUUGAAAAGUAAUUCAGAGUGAAGGCAUGAAACUUGAGAGUGUUUAUCCACCUUAGCUGAGACUUAAAACUUCUAUGUAGCCAUUCAUUACUGAGCUGUCUUGCCUUCACUUCCAUUAAAUAACGUGCAGCUAACCAUGACAUGCAUAUAGUAACAAUGCUCUACAAAUGACUACUGUGCUCGUAAGUUCUCACGCAUUGCAUAAAGAGCUGUACUCUUCCUAACUAAAACCGUAACGCUCACCUCUCCCCUGUGUACAGAUUUGUCGUGUUCGUGUGGGUCAGGAUGUAAAUAAGUUCUCCCCACCCCCACGGGAGACCUAUGAAGAGGUAGGGGAGACUCCUGUGUCCGUUGUAUAGUAAGGUGGAGUGAAAUCGGUUCUUCCUUGUGUAGUCCGUAGCAUUAUUUCAAACCAUCAGUUUAACUACUGGUUAUCCUAGAUUCAGACUCAGAGUAAAAUUCUUUUGGCAGAAUAAUCUUUUCGUAAAUUGCUCGAGGGAUAUUGUCAUGCGUUUGCUAUUUGAGCACACUUUGAGGGUAUGACAUUUUUUAAAUCGUUUGUUGCACAGUUUAUACGCUUGUUCGCAUCGCAAAAGUCAGCAGGUCAUCACAUGGUUAGACUGGAUCAUAUCAUCUGCAAACCAUUCAUGACUUUCAGUUUUUGUUUUAAGUGGAUUUUCUUUGUUCACUAUUUUAAGUUUGGAUUACUUACGGUGAAAUGAGGUGUUCAUGUUGUUAUCGUAAAUUUCAAUCAACACACGAACACAGCUAAUCAACACAAGAACACAACCAGCACACUGACUUAUCAAUAGACAGUGAGACACACAGGCAAGCUUUAAUACGAAAACUGCAGAAGCAGACGAACAGGCAGACAGAGACAGUCUGACACAGUGAAAACUGGAAUUAUAAGACAUACACCGUUCUCGUAACAGCACGGAUAUGUAAAAAACCUUUUCGGCAGAUAGACAGACCAAGAGAGGGCGUACGAAUGGACUGGCCUGACUAUCUUCUGGUAUAUUCUAAUUUCUUGCUCUCUAUUCACUUGCCCUGCCUUGUUUAGAUCGUGGAUGUCAAAGUUGGCCAAGAUGCAGGCCACACUGGUAUCCCUAGUAAAGGUCUUUACGUUGAAGAGGUUGUGGUGACUGCGUCACGUGGAGAUGGAGUGGUCUUUCCUUGUCACUGUUGGACUGGGGACGAGGAUAAAAUAGCCGUGGAACCAGGCCUGGGAAAUGAAGUGCCUCUUGGUAAGUCACCGUAGCGGAAAGGGAUAAAAUGCCCCAGAAACCACAUAAUUUCCAUCUCCCUUCCCCCGCCCCCCUAGAAAGGUAUUCAUAGAAUUUAAUUCUUACCACAUUUGAUAUUCGGAACCGUAUUCUGACCGUUCGAAGGUUGUAUUCAAAUGUGCUAAAAUCCGGCUAUGCACACCUUCGUUUUGAAACCAACUCCUUAGUUUGGCCGCAAAUGCAAAACCGCAACUUGUUGUUCAUAACACCGCUUUGUCCACAGUAGCAGUUGUAUGAUUUUUAAGCAGAUGGCCAAGAGAUUGAUAUAAAAGAAGAAGUCACAUCGUAUCAAGAAAUGGCCCAUUGUUCCGGGUCAACUUUCCAAACAAAAGUCCUGAGUAAUUGGUAGUCCUGAGGGACUUUGGCCGAAGGGAGGCGGAAAAGCUCGUAACUGAUCGAGAAAAUUAUCGGAGUAAUAAUUUUGCUGCACUGGGGGAGUGGGUGGAAGGCUAGGUUUUUUUAAGCAAGAUUUAUGAUAGCGGAGUCCGUAGUCCAAUUUUUAGCAGCUUUGAAGUCAGUUCUCGAAAGGUCGGGUUACUCUUAGGAAUUCUGUGUCUCCACAAAGUAUACAGUUCGCUUGUUACAAAGUAGCCCAUUAUUUGGUCUUACUUACUUAUGAGUUUCCUUCAUUACCCACAAUCCUUUCCUUCGUUCUGUCUCUUCAGAUACCACUUAUCAAGUAACAUUCAAGACUGGUGACAGACCAAACGCUGGCACAUCGGCUAAAGUGCAGUUUGAACUAUUUGGAGACAACGGUAAAACCGAGCCUAUUUUACUUAGCGAAGACAAGAGUCUGCGACUGUUUGAGAGAGGAAACAGCGAUAAGUUUAAGGUGGACACACGGGAUGUUGGAAAGGUGUGUUUAUAGUUGUUCAGAACUAAGAGCUUCCCUUCCAUAUUUUCCUCGUGAAGAGUUGUUUUCCUUCUCAAGUCACCCUUCCGUAUCAAUACAGCUAUCGUGGGUAACGUAGGAGAGACGAUGCCUUACUCAGCUUUUGGUAGAAGUCUGCAACCUAAUACCAAGACCGUGACUGUCUUUCUUGUUCUUAUAUCGAAGAGUUGUAAAGUCGCUGUAAAUAAUAGGUUUUACUAGGAUGGCAUCAAGAUCUCAAAAGCGGGUUUUCUUUAAUUUUUUGUGUUUCAGAUCGAGAAGCUUCGCGUGAAUCAUGACAAUUCUGGACGCGAUCCUGACUGGUAUCUAGAGGAAGUGACCAUUGAUGUCCCGGAUAAGGGCGAGCAGUACAUCUUCCCUUGUCAUCGCUGGCUCAUGGGAAGUCAGCGGAAUGUUGACCUGAUACCUGGUAAGUAAAGAGAGAUUUCAUGUGAGAUUUUCUUUGUGUAAGUCUGUCAGCGUCACAAAUGAAAUAUCUGUGUUAGACAAACACGACUUUAAAAAAAGUGGAGGAAGAGAGGUGGAAUCGUUAUAUUACGACUGAAAAAGCAAGUGAAACGGUUUACUCCGUUUAAUGUAUUUUGCGACGACAUGCAAAACCUGACAUUUUUUUCUCUUAUCUUUUUUGCAGCUGAAACAAAAGAUUUGUCACAAGGUAAUAAGAUGAUCAGUAGCUAAAUUACUUCAUCUUUUAUUUUUCAACGUCAUUAGAGAAAUUAAGAUUCUGAAGUGUUAACGAUUACGAUAUCAAACUGUACGUUUUAAACGAAAAACAAAUAACAGCGUGUUACGAGUAAAUUCAUUUUACUCAGCUUAAAACUAUUGGUGUUGUUGCGCAUGCACUGAUUUAUAAUUUUUAUCUUUAUUUAUAGAAGUGGAUUAUCGCAUCAUGAUAAAGACUGGAGACGAAAACGACGCUGGCACAGACGCCAAUGUGAAUUUCCAGAUGUUUGGAGAAAAAGGAAAGACACAGAACUUUUCUCUCAGAGAAGAAGGAGAUAAAAAGAGAUUUGAAAAAGGAAGAAUGGACAAGUUCUUGAUCCGGACACGAGACAUCGGAAAGGUAUUGAUAGAGUUUGUUUUUUGUUUGUUUGUUUUUGGUUUCUUCUCUGGACUUAGGUUUUAUUAUUUCAUGUUAACGUUUGUCAUUUUGCAUUUCCUGUCACUUUUUGGAAUCGUACUUCUGUAUCUGUUCAUCUUGGUUUAAUAUAUUCUCAGUGGUCCUGAACAUGCGCGUUUGAUUCUUUCCCCCCCAAGAGAGUUUCAACCGUUGUCCUGAAACUUAAAAAAAACACUUGCUUAGGACAACUUUGAACGGAGCGAGAGAAUAAAUUCCUUAUUUUUGGAACAUAUUUCUUUUGAAAAAGUUUAAAGUUGUUUGGUCGGAUUGUGUUAAUGAUUUUGCAGCUGUUUGUCACGUGUUCCUUGUAGCUCUGGGUGAAAUACCCGUCCGGUUUUCACGAGUUCACACGGGGUUUCACUCCCUUCGCAGAGUGGGAUUAAUUUUGUUCAGUCUCCCGUUCUUAACAUAUGGAUCCCACAAAUUGCUCGUUUGAUUUAAAGAAGUUGUCUUUUAUCCCAUAUAGCUGACUUCUGUUCGUAUCAGCCGGGAUAAUAAAGGCGUUAAACCUGGUUGGCUGUUGGAUAAAAUAACUAUUGACGUAGACGAGAAGGACGAACAUUACGUGUUCUAUUGCAACCGCUGGCUCGGAGGCUCGGACAUUGCGAUCGAUUUUACUCCAGGUAAUGCUGUAAGCUCUGUUGAGCGUGCGUUAAGGUAGCGAAUGAUAACAUCAUACUGUAAGUUUUGGUAACGAGUAAUCGAAGAGUGUAAAACUUUUCACAACCGAUCAGAAACUAGUGUUUUCCCAAAGUAAAGCGAUGAAAAAGAAGAAGUAUUUCGUGUUAAAAACAAAAGAAAAAGAGAGAAGUUUUGACGUUCCUGUUACAGUACUUAGCCCAUCCUGAGAUUUGUUAUGUUCAAACGAGUGAUUUGAUGUAGCUAAAAUAUAUUUGAAGGUGAAUUUGUGUAUGUAUUAACUGAAUUUUUGGCAAAUUUCUUGGCACAUUUUGUUGGGUUUUGAUUUUGUUGUUGUCUCCUCCUACUUAACUAGAGCAAGGCUCAUUACCAGGACAGGAAGGAAUGUACACAGGUAAAGAUUAGAUUUCCUUUUUUGUCUGUCACCACAUGAUCAAAAUUGUAGCAGAGUAGAUGUUGGCCUUGAGGGAAACGAAUGCCCUCAAAAUUGUAUGUGUCUCCAGAAAGCCGUAGAGGCACAUUAGUAGAUUUUAAUGAUCAAUGUUCGUCGCAUCUGAGCAAAUUCGUUCCUACCCCUUCACUUAGUCUACAUAAACCCUAACUUGUCAUCAGUUGUAUGUUGUAGUCAGGAGGGGUAGGUGUGCAGUUGCUUAGAUACUGACAUUGAUCCCCCUAAAGUUAUGUUUCACUUGACCUUUGUCAUACCUUUCAGCGUCUCAUACACAUUGGUAGCAAGUAUAGCGAGGAUAGUCAAAACAGUCAGCUUGUUAUUUUUGUAGUUCUUCUUAACCUUGACACGCUAUUCAAUUCAAAAGGUGAAUUCAAAACAGUCAGUCACGUGUUAAAUCUGAAUAGAUUUCGCUAUCCUUGAACUAAUUGUGUCUCAUUCAAAUUGCUUCCUUGGCUUAGUGAGCGUCAAAGUUGGAGAGGUCCUGGACCCUGAUGUAAAUCCUUUCUAUCAAAUCGUUGGAAGAAACGGUGAAACUAACAAGAUCAGGCUGCGAGAGGGUUACUCACGGUCUCAUGUUUUUACUAAAGGAAACACUUACAAAGUGUCUGUUAAGAGCCCGGAUGUUGGUGAGGUAAGGUCAGCAAUAAUGUAGUUGCUACUUGCUUGUCAGUCUGUGUAGAAUGAUUACAUACUGGUUUUGUGUUUCUGCUCGGUACCAUGUGUACAGAGAAUCUGAAGUUCUUGGAAAAUCUCUAAUUAAGUCAUAAAUUUAUAUUCAUGUAUUCUUCAUUUCUUGAGGAAUUUUAAAAACUGAUAAAAUAUGGAAAGAAAUUUCCUUUUUCAAUAAGUGUUUAAUCAUUGUAGAAAUAUCUGAUAUGAAGUUUAAUUUCUUGUAAUCGAACUUUUUUUGCACGUUAUAAGAGCUCUCCGAUGUCUAUUUGCAGAUAACAAAGCUUCGCAUCGGAGAUGACGGGUACGGUCGCGGCAAGACUAUGUUUGUGGAAGAGGUGACGGUUACCAGCAAGGACGGUGAUACUGUACUGUUCCCAUGUCGUUGCUGGCUAGGAAAGGAUGACUCCAACACCAAAAUAAUCCGAGAACUUGUCCCAGGAAAACCUGUACCAGAAGAACUGGAAGGUAAGUGUAAUUUUAAGUCAAAUUUCUUACCCCACCAUGACGCUCUUGUUUUCGAGAAUUAAAAGAAGAUCUCAUUCGUGCAACUGCGAUAUCGUUCAAAUAGCGACCUUUGCUUUCAUUGGUAAAAUUGUGGCCAUGAAUUUGUGGAAUACGGAACAGAAGGAAAUGAACAUUGACACCAUAAAAUCUCGCUGUACCCUUGUUAACGCGGGAUUUUUUAGGUGGGCUACCAUGUAUGCACUCCCGUCAACCAGUCAGAUUUUACAAUUUUGUAAAGUGCACGAUGUUUAAACAUUUAAUAAAAUUCAUGGAAGCUCGGUGGUCAAAGAUUUGUUUAGAAGUAAGUUUUUCCUUGGUUUUUUUUUUUUUUUUUUUUUUUUUAGACAUUUCAUAUCACAUGACAAUAAAAACCGCAGAUGUACAAAACGCAGGAACCGACGCAAACGUCUAUUUUGCGCUGCACGGCGACAAAGGAGAAACGCCAAAAAUCGCUCUACAGGACGAAAGCCAGACAUUCAAACGUUUCGAACGAGGACGAGCUGAUAAGUUUGUUGUACAAACAGCAGAUGUUGGAAAGGUAGGAAACUGAAUUGGUUAAAUUAACUUCAAAAUAUAAAUUACUGAGGUGCAGUAGUAUCGAAGAAGUUGAAUAGACCCAUGCAAACACGAACCACCAACUCAGGACCAUUUACCUUAAGGUACAUUUUUCACUACUGUACCAUUGAUCCACUACAUCCAACUAUCCGAUAUUUUGUAUUGCAUUCUGUUGUUGGUUAAAACGACUGCUGAAUGAGCGGACAAACAAAAAAGAACGAUUAUGAAAUUAUAUAAAAUCUCCUUUUGCCGAAAAACUUCCCCAUCCUAUUUUACGGUGACUUCACCAAGCUGAGGAUCUUUUCUGUUUACUUUUGGCAAACGUUCGUUGAACAGCUUGAAAAGCUGGUUAUCGGUCAUGACAACGGAGGAGAAGACCCCGGAUGGCUCCUGGAGGAAGUUGAUGUCGAUAUCCCCGUACGAGAUGAACAUUACAAAUUCCGCUGUGACGGGUGGCUCGGUGGUGAACGACCUGGUCAGGGGAAGGAAGCAGUCUUAUACCCAGGUAAAUAUGAAGGGAAAUACGUACAAUUAUUAUUUUGGUAUCCUAAAGUACUGGCUCUUGGAGAGUAAGGGCUGUCGUAUGAUAACCUGUAUCUCACCCUCCCUAAUGUUGAUGGCCGCAAGAAAGCAACAAAAACAUUACUGAAAGUGAGGCAUAAUUAAAGACCUCCUUGGAAAGAUAGUGAGAAUCGGGAGACAAAUUUUUUGUAUGUAGAUGCCCACAUAUUUCAGUUUCAAGCAAUGUUUGUGACCAAGUUUUGUUCUGCUGCAGUGGAUGACAAUGACGGAGGAGUUAAACCCACCGACUUACAAGGUAUGUCAAGUAGUGAUACCGUUGUGAGUGAAAAAAUUUUUCUUUGUUUUUUCAGUUGGUCGGUGUUACUGAAGCGUGGUCAUCUUCUAGGCUAAUCUGAGUCAUAAGUGCAUAUCAGUAUAAACAACAUAUAUAUCUUUAUAGUGGGAAUAUUUUUAUGAAUUUUAUUUUGUGAAGGCAUUUCUGAAACUAAUUAAUUGAGUUGUUUCAUGCUUUUUAAUGACGCAUUUUCGUUUUACUCUCGGAAACUGGAGCCUCCGGGUUUGGUGAUAAGAGAGAUUUUUCUGUCUUCUCUAGCUUGUGUUGUUUCAAAAGCGGGAAAUGAAAACAUUUAUUCCGAUCGAAGAAGUAUUUCUGAAAAUUAAAUGCUAUCUUUGUUUAUGCAAGGAGAUACAAUAGAACCCCAUUAACUCGAACGGCCCAGAAAAACGAAAACAGGUCGAGAUACAUACCAGGAAGUCCGGCUUAAGCUGACAGUGAGCGACUGAUAAACGUGCUUCAAGAGAAAUGGCUUUGAAUUUAAGUUCGCUGGAAGUACAAGUUUAUCUAGUUCGGCUGAAAAGGGUUCUAUUGUAGUUGUUUUGUUCAUUUAAGGAAAGAUGAAGAAGUCACAAUUUUUUAGUUUAAUGAAGCUGAGGAGACUUUCAGUAGCUUCAGUCGCUGGAAUGGGAGGGGGGCAUCCCAGGCAGUCUUAUUGUUUGUGGAAGAAUGUGACUGGAAAGUAAUCGGUAUUUCUAGGAAAUAUUUCGCCUGAAUCGCUUAGCCUCCAUCAGUCUGUUAGAGUGAGUGGUUACACAGCAUAAAUAAUGAGUCGCUUAGAGUGGCCCUCCGAUGAGAGUAUGGUUUCGUAGAUCCCUAUAACCCCCUUUACUUUCCAUUACGUUUCACAUUCUUCUAUCCAUUAUUUUUUUAGAAUGUGGAAUGAAGAUAUUCGCUUCUAGUUUUAUUGUUGUAACUUUUCUCCUUAUCCUGACACAGAGGGGUUUUAUAAGCACCUCCAAGAGGUCGCUUUCCGAAAGACUCCACUAUGGGUUUCAUUGCACGUAAGAGAUUGGGCUACGUAGCAAGUUAGAAAUGAAAAAGACUCCGUUUCCUUAUUUAAUUUGGCGUACGCGUGUAACGUACCUCCUAAGCUUUCCUUUUACUGUAUCUCCAGACGCCGAAUAUGACGUGGAGUUUAAGACUUCCGCUGAAGAAAACGCUGGCACAGACGCCAACGUUUAUUUCCAAAUGAUCGGCGAGGACGGCGAGACUCAAGAAAUCGACCUCAAAAACAAAGGAAAGGGUUACUUUCACCGGGGACAGCUGGAUAGAUUCAGGAUCAGGGCCAGAGAUGUUGGUCGGGUAAGUGAAAGAGUAAACACUAGUCUUUUUUUGCGAAUGGAAUAUAAAAACGGAGCAAUCAAUUUUUCCCUCCCUUCGUCUGCGCCAAAGCUUGAUAGAUUGGUAUUAGUAUGACUUCGUGAUCCAAGAAUUGAUCUUGCUUUAAAACAUUCAUCAUGAGCACAAAACGAAGAAAAAGUGUAAGUCGAACCUAAGACCAAUCGCUUUGAUAAUUUAAUGCUCGACCAGCUGAGGUACAGGAAACCCAUUGGUAAUGAAAUGGGUCAUACAAUCAUGCCUUGCAGUGUGGGCUCCUUCGUGGUCUUAAAUGGAUAUCAUCCUCUUUUCACCUUACAGCUCAAGAUGCUUCGCGUAGGCCAUGAUAAUUCCGGCUCUAAUUCUCGUUGGUUGUUAGAUGAAGUUGUAAUUUUUUCUUUGGCCCGUGGUGAGCGCUACGUGUUCAAAGGAGGCCGCUGGAUCGGUGGACGAACCAAUGAGAUCGAUCUUCCACUUGGUGAGCUGCAAACCAAUGCAAAUUUUGUUUUUAUUCGUAUUUUCAAUGGCUAUAAAAUCGUCACGAAGCUAUUGCCUGUCUUGAGAAAUUUUACCAAACGUUGUUUCUUUCCUUUGCACCUUUUUAAUAAAGAGAAAAACUAAAUAGGUCUAAUGAGGGUUCCUUACAUGUAGUUUGAAAAAACCAAUCUGAACAAAAGCGUGCAAAAUCUUAUGGCCAAAUAUGAAUACAGUGGAUACCUUAAGUAAGACUCUUGCUUGACUGGCGUAAAUUAUUUCUUUGGACUUUUCGGCAAUCCAUUUAGUUGUUCUUAGUAUUAAAACGUACGUACGUUUUUUAGUGAAUAUCUAAUAUUACUCCGAACUGAAUGUUUAGUUUCUUUCUUUAUUUUAGAUUCUUGGAAUUACGGCCGACUAGGUGAGGAAACACAGUCAUCCGAAUAAAGGGCCUGUAAACAGAUGAAUAUUAUUCUUUUAGAGGGGAGAUCCGCUAAAGUAAAUCGCAGAAAAGUACCAUAGUGUAGGAAAAUUGCAAACAGAUAUCGUUCAUUGUGAUGUUGGAAGUUCAGUAAGGGCUUAGUUUGGAACGUUGUACAUUAAGCAAUACAUUUCGCGCUCGAUUUUCCCAAAGUUAAGAUGAAGGUAGUUCCAUAAAACACCUUAUGACUCAAAAUUUAAGCACUCUAAAAAUUCCAAUUACGAAACAGCUGACAUUUGUUUCUAAUGUUUUAUUUGCUUGGGCCUCUCUUCUCAUUUCUCUCAACACCCUUAAGUUCACUGAGCGUUCAAUUAUCGCGCAAAAAUAUGAUCCAACACUGAGUAGAGUAUUCGUUUUGAGAAAUCUUUUUUCUUUUUUUUUUCAAUUUAUUAUCUGAUCCCAUUUCCACACUGUGUUCUUUUCAGUUGGUCAAGAGCCAGAUAUUCCAGAUUUGAUUGACUACAUGCAAUCCGGAGAUGAGGUCAAGAUCAUUAAUGCUGCUGGAUAUUUACAACAUUUAUGUUACAGUAAAGAAUAUGUGAAGGAUAAAGUCAGGUAUAGCACAUUCUUUUGCCAUAUCUAGUGUCAUUGAGUUGACGAUAUUGUAAGCGGAUUAAGAUAAACCACUUUUCACAGGUGUGUGUGUCACCUGCAUGUGUAAGUUAUUACACUGAAAAUAUGUGUAAUGUACAAAACCCAGUCAAAGAAAGAACUCUUUUUGUAUUUGUUUUUGGCAGGGGUUCUUUCUUCAGGUGUUCAGUUUAAUGCAUUACACUUGUAAGCAUUACCUUGUCACAAAAGUUUCAGGGACUAAUUUGAUAACUGUCAUACAACGUGUCUAUGUACAAUCAUUGUGGGUGUAACGAAUCCUCCACUUUCUAGCGGACCAACCCUUCUUGUUUCGAUUGCACGUUUUGAAAAUAACAGGUUUUAUAAAAAAUGUGGAAUCGUUUCCUUGGUAAAGGAUUCGCUCUUAUUCUCUUGUUCUUAUUGUACUUCAAUGAUGCAAUAGAUUUAGAAGGCCUGCAAAUUAAUUUCUUAAGAAAUUGAGGUGAAUUCUUUAGUAUAAAUUUCUCACUACCCACCAGCUUUUAGCUCUUGGGUUAACAAUCUAAUUGUAAUUCUUAGUUUUGCGUUUUAACGCAACGGAUCGCAUCUGACUGUACUACUAGGCUGGUUCAGUUGUGUUGAACUUUUUUGUUACUAUCUGACUCACUUAUCAUUUUGUUGGAAUUUAUGUUUGAAUAGAGACCUUGGUGGAAUUCCAGUGAUUGUCAGGUUGCUGAGACAUUCUGAAUGGCGUGUUAGAUAUGCUGCCGUUUGUCUUUUGAGGAACCUCUCAUUCAGUAUGAAAAAUGACGCUAACAGGGUAAGAAUACCUCUAACUUUUCUCUGUGUCCACUUUUAGUAUACUUUCUUCCUCUUUUUCAUCUUUUUCAUGCAAAACGUGACUCAUUUGCUAUAAAAUUGUCAACGUCGUUGACACCAUUUCAGUCAUUUCAGUCACUGAUUAUGCAGAAUGAAACUGUCACUUUCUUUCCCCGUAGUGUUUGAAUUUAAGUGCAAUAGGAAGCUAAACAUGCAUUAAACACCAUGAAAUUAAAGUAAUGGAACCGAAAUGGGUAACAUUUUCAACUGAGCACGCUAAGGAAACGUUCUACUAAUUUAUCUAAUAUACGGUCCAAUGUGUUUUUUUCCUCGGUGAAAAUGGUCAUCUUUACUAAAUAACGAAAUUGCUGUUAAUGUAGUGCCUUCAUGAUGAGUGAUCACAAAACUUUCGCUUCAGUCCUUCUCAUUUUAUUUUUCAACAUAUAAAUUUUUUUAUUUCAUCAGUUGGCCAUAGCUGACUGUGGUGGAAUUGAAGCUCUUAUAGAAAUCCUGCAGGAAACGGAAAAGACAGAGGUAGGUAGGCCAGCUAUGAUGCGUUUGAUUCUCUUUUUGAAGACGUCAUUUUAACCUUUUUCUUUUGUGUUUUGCUCAUGUAGUACAGAGAGGCAAUUUUAGGAGUUCUAUGCAACUUAUCGUCGGUUGAGGUGAGGCAUUUUGGCGCAACAUGUGUCUAUUACUUUACACAACUUGAAGUUAUUUCCAUUUUAUAACAUUUUCAGUUAUUUCACGUUAGCUAACUCACACUUGCCUAAAUCUAAAACAGAACCAUUUUGAAAUUCCUCAGCAGAUUUUAUCUGGGUGGUACUGUAGUUACCUUAAUAAAAAUAUUGCUUCCUUGUCUUUCCCAGUCGCUUCAUCUCAGAAUCCUCUUGGUUUGCCUGCAUAUUAUCGUUAUUCUUAUCAUUAUAACAUACUCUGAGUGGACGGCUGUGGCAGCACGUGGGCAGCCGCCAGUAAGGGCUGAACCUUGGCCAGCGGUUCUCGUUCAUGCCACAAGACUCGUGCGCAAUCUUUCGUCGGCCGGCACCAGGGCCCGGCAAGAACUGAGGGACGAGAAAGACUUGAUCGACUGUCUAGUCUGGAUUGUUAGAGUUGGUGUCAAGAGUGAACAGUAUGAUAAUAAGGUAAGGUAUUGAUCAGCCAUCGUUGGUCUACUACUAUCGAAAAUAUGUUUAAAUAAAGAAACAAACAGAAGUGAGACAUGUUGUCCUGUGUGGCAUGUUCCUCAGGAACCAUUUGGCGAAGACAACCAUUGGCCUGUAACGGAGCAGAAAUGCUAAAGAUGCUUGUUUUUCGGUCUUGUCCGUUUCCCCGCGCGAAUUUAUUCGAAAACAAUCUCGCUUGUUUUAAUUACACCUAUCCUUAUAAAGAUUUAACGGUUUUGUAAAAAUUAACGAUUUAUUCGAUUUUAAAAUACUUUAUGAUUUGCUAAAUAUGAUACUACAGUAGAACUCAAAGAUAUAGAAACGACAUCAGGGGAAGAUUGCACAUUUUGAGGCAUUUCAAUAAAAAAUAUGGAGUUUGAGUUCACCACCAAAUUGAAGAGACAGCUCGUCACAUUUUCGUUGUUGUUAGUGGUUUACUUGCCGCUAAUUUUUAAUCUACAGCCGUUCUAAGUUUUAAUCAACGUAGAGGUUACAGCAAGUGCUUUGACAAAGUAGAUAUGUACUUCAUCUCCCCAUUAAGCUUUUCAACCGUUAAAUGCAAACUGGCUGGAAUUCGAAUCCCUGACUGUAACUUUUCUAUGUCUCACCUUCGUGGCAAUUUUUGACACUUUCCCCAUGCAGUUCUGAAGGUUUAACUUAGAAAUUAAUUUUUCCCCUCUCUUGCUUUAGUGCCUUGAGCAUUCGGUGUGCACACUAAGAAACCUGUCUUACCGGCUGGAAAGUGAGAUCGACAGGGAUCGCUAUGACGACGCUGACGUUGACGUGGACCCUGCUGCCGUCAAAGAACAACAAAGCCAGGGUUGCUUCGCCGGGUGCGGUGGAAGAAAGAAGAAAAAAGUGCCUAAUGACAAGAGACCCAUGGAUCGACCGAGGGGUCCACCGCAAGGGGUUGAACUGAUUUGGCAGCCAGAAACAGUCCAACAAUAUUACGUGCUGCUACGGAAGGCAAAAAACAUCGAAACCUUAGAGGGGUCGGCAGGGGCUCUGCACAACUUGACAGCUUGUUCUUGGAAGGUAGGUCCUUGGCCGGUCUCAAGUACGGGAAAAUGUCUACGGAGGAAGCAAUAAGGAGGAACUAGAGAGUCACUUACUGACCGUAGUGAAGAUUUCUCGAGUGUUGACAUUGUACUAUUCAUGGCACAAUUUCAAAUUUCAAUCUCAACUGAAUGAAAAAAGAUUAAGGCUCAGGUGUAACACUUUUGCAAGCUCGUUCGAAAAGAAUUCCAACCAAACACUGGCCUGGUUGUAUUGUUGUGAACUAUCAUUGCACGCUUAUCGUGGUUCUCCGUGUAUCAAAUCUGUUUGUUGUCAAAACGGUUUACUUUGGAUUUUGCUUUCAGCAAAAGGGUCUUGAAAGCUUAUGAUAGGUUUAUCAUGGAUUGCAUAAUUUUUAAUUUUUCUUCAGUGGGCAAUCAAAAUCCGUGGGGAUACAAGACGAGCACAAGCAAUCCAACAGCUUGUGGAGCUUUUAAGAAUUGACUACGAUCCAACAAUCCGCGCAGCAGCCAUUGCCCUUCGGAACAUGUGCGUUGACUCGGAAAACAAGAAAAUUGUUGGUAAGACUCUUCUUUGAUUCGUCUUAGUAUGCACUGUUUCUUAUGCACCAUUAUGCCUUGGCCCGUUUCUUGAAAGGCCUGGUUCACCGUUUCAAUCAUGCAUUUGUUCGUCUAAAGGAGUUGUACCACUAUUAAAUAAGAUGGACCAAAUAGCGGUAACUUUCUGGAGACAAUUUCAGACGACGUUGUCAUUAUUUACCUAUUUAUUCAUUUCAGGCGAGAAAGCCGUAUUACACCUGGUCCACAGGCUCCCCACAGGGGAGGAAGAAGAACGACUCGUGCAGGAUCCGACUGUGGCCUCUCUUCUGUGCGCCAUUUAUCAGAUUACCAACAAAAAUGACAAAAACGCCAAGUGAGUGUAAUUCGUUGUAUCCUGCUCUAUUUGUUGUAGUAUUUUCUUUGCCACAGUGUUUCUCUAUAGUUCAUUGUCAAGGUUCUGUUUCCCUUUUGUCCUCAGAGUUAUUACCUUUUUUUUUUUACGAAGAUCAGCGGUGCACACAAUUUUUCGUGUUCGUCAGGUCAUGUGAUAAUACUCUAGAGAACUUUUUAUUUCAAAUUUCGCCUUAUUCACGAGCAUAUGUAAGAAUAAUUUACAAAACAUGAAGCUGGAAAAUCCCUUAAGACCUGAAACGGGUAAAAAAAGCAUACAAGCUAAAGAGGUCUAUUUUGGCCUUGUUUUCCAAAGUUUGGGUUUCAGUCCCUGGGUAUCUCUUAAAGACUUUUUUUUUUAUGUGAUGGUGAGAAAACGUUUUUGCACAUUUUGAAGUAAAUUUCUUUGUAAAGAAUGUUGACAAGUAGUGUUUCACGUCUUUGUAUGACUUUUUGGUGUCGUGUUCUUUUCUUACAGAUACCUUCGAAAGACCAAAGGCAUUCAAAAGAUUGUGAGGAUAGCAACAGAUCAGAACAGGGUAUACUCACCCCGUGUCAUAAAAAUAGCCAAUCAGGUACAGACAUGAUUAAGUUCAUGAAAAUUUUUGUUAGCUUCAUUUUGUGUGUGUGUGUGUGUGUGUGUCCAUUUUUUUUAUUUUUUCCAUGUUUGAGGGACAAGCCAAGAGUUACUUGUCGCUAUGAGAAACCCAAUGUUUUGGGGAAGUCAGUUUGUGUUCUUCGGUUUGUCUCAUUCUUCCAGAUCGAAAGAAAGAUGUAAUUUUACUUUGUUUUUGUUUUUUACCAAGGCUACUUAUCUACCGGGUUUAAUAUGGAAUCAGAUUUUCAGAUUGCACAGUUUUCUUUUUCAUUUACCCAUGAAACUAAUGGAAAUGUGGCGCGCAGCACUCUUUGGCACUGAGCAACAAGAUUCGGCGGCAAAUAUUUGUUCUUAACACUCUAGAGCAGUUUGAAUAUACUAAAGACCUUACUACUUUUCUGCAUGAUCAUUUAAUUGACAGUUUGAUUUGAUUUGGUGAUGCUGAUUGUCCCUUUAUCAAAAACGCGCCGAAUGUGUUAGAAUACAGUACGACCAAUCUGAAUACUUUUAGUAACGUCUGUUUUGUUAUAGGUACUAGCCAACCUUUGGAGCCAUAGUCAAUUACAACAACAAAUGAAGAAUGAAGGCUGGCAGUACGAUGCGGAACUCGCUCGUGCCCCGAUGGAUUUCGAAGCCACCUCCUUGCCACGAACGCCCGACGAACGUAGCCGAAGGGAUCCGAACAUUCGCCGAAUGGAAAGCGACGACGAUCAGUGGCGAAACGGCAGUCGCCGAGCGAGAGAUCAGUGGGAUGGUGAGCCUUCUGGAGUGACAGACAUCUCCUCAGAAUCAGAUAGGCAACGCAGUUGGGGGGAGAGCUUGAAUAACAUCCCACCUCCUUAUACAUCUGAUGACAACUAUUCCCGGGGAAGUCGUUCAAGGGAUGAUCUCCCCAUGGAGGUUAUGUCGAGUUCACCAAGACCGUCGGCCUCUAAUUCAGUCAGAGACGAGAAUGAAAACUCCAGUGACAGGACUUUUAAGUUGAAUGGUAGUGGGGGUGGGGGUGGAAAGAACGAAGACUUGUGGGUGUAAGACUGUUGCCCCUAAAGACUUUAUAUGGAGUAGAAAUAUUUGAAUUUUCUCCUUUUUUUGCAAGGUUUUUGUAGUACCAUUAGAUACGAACGCGGGAUACUUUUUUUUCCACUUACUCAUUGAGUACGAGGAAUAUGUCAUCUAAAGUUAUUUAAUUUUAUUUGAUCUAAAGAUGGCGACUCGAUUUUUCUGCUCGUUUGGCACAAGAAAAACAUAUUUUGAAGAGAACACCUAUUUACGCUCUUACCUCCGAGAAUAUAGCAUGUUUCUAACCAUGUUCCAUUGUAAGGCGAUCAAUUUCAGGUCAUGUUCACGGUUAGCGACUCUUUCCAGAGCAUUAUUUCCUUUUAAAUUAUUCACGGCGUCCGUGGUUUUUGUUGCGUCAUAACAGUCUUGAAAAUUGGCUGUUUUACAUAAUUACAGUAGACAAAACCCGUGACAUUAAACUUUAUAGCGUUUGCCUUUGUUCGUUUUAACUGAUUCAAGGACUUGAAUUUUAUGAAUAUUGUGUAUUGAAGCUUUUUCAACUGCAUUCGGCAUAUUUAUUUUAAUUUUCGAAGUCUUAGUUGCUGUUUUUACCUUAAAGUGUGCGAAACUCAUGAAACAGGCGAUACUGUUCUUUCCCAAACCGAAUAAAGAUAAGCAUGGAAACUAGGCGUUGUUUAUCCGCCAUUAAUUCAGAACAUCUUAAAAUGCUACAGUUUGAACAAAACGAUGUCUACAAAAUAUGACACGAAAUGAAAGUUAAACUUUAAAAACGCAUAAUGUUCAGACUGACGACCGACUAGCUGAAGGUAUACGCUUCGUUGCAUGAAUAGUCUUUAUUCAAGUGUAUUUUGCACGAGACGAGUUUGAUGAAUGUGUUCCUCAUGCCGCUCUUUAAAAUUGCAAUGUUUUAUAAAUAGUAUUCAUGUAGUUGUUACUACGGCAUUUCGUAUGUCACUUCUAAAAUUGUGUUUAAUUUCAUGACAGCACAGUAGAUGCUUUGUAC